AGAUGCACCUCUGUGUCCAUCCCACUCCCCAGGGCCUGUCACUACAUUGCCUGACGUCAGCUUGUUGAUGGCCGUGGAAACUAUAAGACUCACAGCUAAUGCACGGUCCACAGGCCCCCCUCCCGGGGACUAAAGCACAGAGGAGGAGGUGGGAAUGGUCUUUCUGGUUCUAGACACCAGGAGUGGCAGGAAGAGGAGCUGAACAGAAGUAGAGGGUGGGGGAAGGGCAGCCCGAGGGGUGCUAAUCCCCGCUUCCUGUCUGGAUUUUCCUUGACUGCUGCUCAGGGCCUAUCUUAGGAUGGUCACAGCUGCCGAAAUAGAUCUCUCCCCUCACCUGUUCUGAAGCAAAGAAGACCUUGAUAACUUCCUGUCAAAAGAAUGCAUGCUUUGAAACCACUCCCAGCCUGAAGGACGCCCCUCUGAUUCAGAGUGAAACACAUCCUCUGCCCUCCUCGCUCACCUGCCUCUCUCCGCCAAGUCCGCUCCUACAGAAUUCUCUACGGCCCUGGGUGACCGUCCUGCAGCCGCUCGCAUGGGCCGCCCCACCUCCGCCCCCACAGCCGGGCCGAGUGAAGGAAGACCUGCUGGAACUGAUGUUGCUGCAGAACGCGCAGAUGCACCAGCUGCUGCUGAGUCGCCUGGUGGCAGCAGCGCUCCACCCAGGGCCAGCUCCGCCCCACCCCCACCCACAGGUCUACCUGGAGGGUCAACAAGAGGAAUAUGAGGAGGAGGAGGAGAAGCAAGUCCAGGAGGAAGGGCCUUUGGUGUUCCACCACCACUACCUCCCCUGCCCGAUGCCCAGUCCGGGUCCCCUGCUACCCUGGCCAGUCCCUUUUCUUUCCCCGCCCCCACAUCAGCCUUACUUGCAGGACACGUCCAGGAUUCAGCACCACCCUCCUGCCUCUGGGAGAAGGGGGUCGAGAGCCAUCCCCCCGCCCCCACCCCCCAGUGCCACAGGGACUGUGGGUGCGGAUGUACCCCCGGCUUCAGUGAGGCAGGAAGGGAGCCAAGGCGAAGGUGCUGUUCUCUCCCCAGACUACUAUGAUGCUGAGAGCCUACCAUGAGGACAGAUGCCAGCCCUGGGACCCUGCCAGCUUCACCGCAGGGCUGGAAAGAGCCCUGGAGCCCUUACGUGCCCCUCUAGUGCCUGUGACUCUGCACCCAUGCCCAGCAGCCCUUCUCCUCCCUCAGCUGCAGCCAGGCUCUCUCCCGGGUGAAUCAAUACACUCUUCACCCCAUUGA